AUGGCAAAAGCGGUGCUGCUUCAGAAGCUGGACCCCAAGGGCAACAAAGGUGCAUGGAUCAGGGUCCAGGACGGGGAGCCUGCGAGAUCCAGAGACGAGUUGUUGUACGAGUUUGCGUGCUACGUGCUGGAGGGCCACCACGAACUUGCCAACCGGUUCUACAAGUACGAAGAAGUGUGGUUUGUCGUGGAAGCUGUCCUUGAAGACGUCGCCCUGGACAAGGAUGCCAAGGCAGUGAGAGUGUGGGAUGUAGAAAAGCAGCAGCACGUCUCUUUGGCUUUCAAGUAUGAGAGCUCCGAACUCGAUUGCUUGGAUUGA